AUGACAGCAGUGUCCCGGGCCUUUCGGUGCAUCUGUACCGAGGUGCGCCCUCUCAAGCAACUUGACCUUGAACACAACCGGCAGUGCCAGAUUGGUGAUAUCGUGUUGCGGGCCGCACCAACAGAAGAUACAGAAAAGUCAGAGACUCGCGCUCAGUCAGUGAUGGUGACGCAGAUCAGACGAACCAGCUCGCUGGACCCCAGAAUUGUUCAUUUCUACAGGGACAAAUCAGAAAAGACUCAACAUGAGAUCCCGUCUGGACAGCAUUUCUUCUUGAUUCAGCGGGAUUCUUAUAGUGAAUAUUUAGAGUUGGAGGUUUAUGUGACAGCAGUGAAUGUCCUUGGAAAUGUCACGUCUGCUCCUCUGGAACUGAUCCCUAUGGAGACAGCUAAGUUCAACGCUCCAGAGAUUAAGAGGGUUGAAGCGGAUACUCCUGGCUGCUUACAGUACAGCUGGAGUCUUUCACAGUCUUGGGUGGAGUUCACCCUCAUUGUAGAGCUGAGACUGACAACAUUGAACAACCAGCUUGACAAAGAGUUGAUUUCCACUUUCAGUAAACGACAAAGAGACAAAGUAAAAAAAUGUGGCCUCCUUCAUGGGACAAAUUACACCAGCACAAUGCGAGUGAAGUACCGUCCAUCGAGUGAAUGGAGUGAAUGGAGUAAUCCGAAAACAACCAACACACUUAUGAGGGCUCCGGCUGGAAGUUUGGACACAUGGCUUAAAGUGAAUGAUCAGGUCGCACAGCUCUACUGGAAGCCCUCAAAAAAUUUCCGUGCCAAUGGCUGGGAUUUGUCAUACACUGUCGAAUCAAAGGAGACUAAAACGACUUUGUGUGUAACUAAAGAAAGCCACUGCUCUUUCAAUCUCAACAAUUGGAUCAAAAAGGUCUACCUGAGAGCCACGAAUGCAAUGGGGAGCUCCAAUCAUACCCAAGUACCAGUGCAUCGUAAGAAAGGGCUGGACUCUGUGUCUAAUGGCAAUGUGCGUCCCCAGUCGAACACGUCUGUGCUUAUCACGUGGGAAAGCCCUGAGUCCUCCGGUGUCACGGGAUACACGCUCGAGUGGAGAUCUCUGAGUGAGACACCGGCAGAACCCCUGUCCUUCAUUCUGAUGGACAAAAACAGCUCCAGUACCUUAGUAACAGGGUUAAGGCCUUACAAGCCCUAUGAGAUCUCCGUUUUUCCCAAAUAUGCUGAUGGAGUUGGUCGUCCUUUUACCGUACUGGCAUAUAGCAGUGAGAGAGCACCUUCUGAGGCACCAAAGUUGGAAGUUGUGGAAAUCCGUCAUUCACGGGUCAAACUUCACUGGGAUGAAAUUCCCCUUGAACAGAGAAAUGGGAUCAUUCAAGGAUAUACUAUUUACUUUUGGGAUGAUAUUAAUGAAACCCAAGUUAUUUACACUGAGGAGACCAAUGUUGUGGUGGAAAAUCUUCAACCGCUUACCAAAUAUCAUGCCGUAGUAUCAGUUCAUACAAUGGGUGGAAGUUUAAAUGGAUCAGUUGAGAACCUGACAACUGGACAUAUUGAUGGAUUUGAUAUGGUGCUCUUUGUUAUCCCAGCAUGCAUUGGGAUAUCACUUCUUAUCAUCAUUGUUGUGUUUACCUGUUUGGGGAAACAUGAACGGGUGAAGAUGUGUUUGUGGCCUAUAAUUCCGGACCCCGCCAACAGCAGCAUUAAGAGGUGGACCACCAGCGACUCACUGCAGGGCACGCCUCCCUUUAAAGAAGACAAGGACCCUGUGUUGGUGUUUCUGUCCCGCUUCAGUCUCCUCGAUCUGUCAGAGAACGAGCCGUUCAAGGGGGACUACGUCAGGGAGAGUCAGUGGUCACGUGACAUGGACAGUCGUGAUGGGGGUCACGGCUCUUUCCAGGCCUGCCGUUACGACUCGGAGCAGGACAGGGACUCGGUCCCUUACGCCACUGUGGUUUUCGGUGGUUCGUAUCAAAGCCAUUCGACCCCUGUGCCACCCUACGUGCGCUCUGAGUCCACACAGCCCCUGUUAGGAGGGGACGAGCCCGCCAGCCCUCCGCCGUACGAGAACGUGCCUCGAGGCAGCCGUGUUUCUCAAGCGAAGCACUUCACUGCAUUUCCAACCAAUUCCACUGGAAGUGAGGAGAACGAAGAACUCUGGGAAGAAUUUCCCAUGCUCAGAUCCUUAGAGCUCAGGAAUACUGAUCAUAACUAAACUGAAUUUGAGUCUACUGUAUAUAGAAACAUGCAGGAGCCCCCCCAAAAAAGCUCAGGCUCAUUGGAAAAACGUGCCUCUACCUAUAUUGCGCAACCCAGAAAAUGUGCUGUACAUACGAAAGCUUAAGUUAACA